AUGGUCUCAUCACACCAAGCACCUAAGCUCAAGGACCAGUCCUUGUUCAAGCAGCAGGGUUUGAUCAAUGGACAGUGGGCCGACGCACAGUCCGGAGAAACCUUUACUGUCACCGAUCCUGUGAACAACGCCGAGAUCGGCACCUGUCCCGAGAUGACGCGGAAGGAGGUUGCCGAAGCCAUUGAUGCUGCCCGCAAGGCCUUCGCUGAUUUCCGCAACACUACACCCAGGGAACGCUCUACGAUUUUGAAGAAGUGGCACCAGCUCUGCAUGGAGAACGCUGAUGACUUGGCCAAGAUCUUAACAUGGGAAAACGGCAAGCCCUUGGCGGAGGCCCAGGGCGAGGUGAAGUACGGAAGCGCCUUUUUCGAGUGGUUUGCUGAGGAGGCCGUGAGGUUGUACGGUGACGUUAUUCCUUCCUCUACCAAGGGCAACCGCAUCAUCACCCUCAAGCAGCCCGUUGGUGUUGUCGGAAUCAUCACGCCAUGGAACUUCCCCAUUGCUAUGAUUACCCGUAAGGUCGGUGCUGCCAUCGCAGCUGGGUGCACUGUGGUCUGUAAGCCUGGAGCCGAGACCCCAUACUCUGCUCUUGCCCUUGCGGAGUUGGGUAUCCGUGCUGGUCUCCCGGCAGGUGUCUUUAACAUUGUCACUGGCGAGAAGAACACCAAGGACAUCGGUCUUGAGCUCACCACUAACCCUUCUGUACGCAAGAUCUCCUUCACCGGUUCCACCGCAGUUGGUAAGAUCCUCAUGCAACAAUCUGCGUCUACCAUGAAGAAAUGCUCCUUCGAGCUCGGAGGAAACGCACCGUUCAUCGUUUUCGACGAUGCCGAUAUCGACCUUGCCGUUGCAGGUGCCAUUGCUUGCAAGUUCCGUGCAUCCGGACAGACUUGUGUGUGCGCGAACAGGAUCUACGUCCAGAAGGGUAUCUACGACAAGUUCGCCAAGGCGUUUGUCGAGAAGGUAAACGGAUUCAAGUUGGGAUCCGGAUUCGACCCUGAUACCACCCAUGGUCCUCUUAUUCACGACAGGGCUGUUGCCAAGGUCAAGGAGCUCGUGGAUGACGCCACAUCUAAGGGUGCUAAAGUCCUCACAGGAGGUGAGAAGUCUGAGUUGGGCAAGAACUUCUGGCCCCCCACCGUCUUGGGUGGCAUGACCAACGACAUGCGCAUUGCGAAGGACGAGAUCUUUGGUGCUGUCGCGCCUCUGUUCGAGUUCGAGAGCGAAGAUGAUGUCAUUGCUCUUGCUAACGAUACCGACGUUGGUCUUGCUGGAUACUUCUACAGUAACAAUGUGAACAGGAUCUGGAGGGUCGCCGAGGCUUUGGAAGUUGGAAUGGUGGGUGUGAACUGCGCCAUCAUCUCUGACGCUGUUUCGCCAUUCGGUGGUGUCAAGGAGUCUGGCUUCGGCCGCGAGGGUUCGAAGUACGGAUUGGACGAGUACACUGUCAUCAAGAGUGUCACUUUUGGCAACACAGGUGCCAAAUAA